CAGCGCCGGGCCGGCCCCGGCCAUGAGCGGCGCCCCGCAGCAGCAGCCCCCGCGGCGGGUCACCAACGUGGGCUCGCUGCUGCUCACCCCGCAGGAGAACGAGAGCCUCUUCGGCUUCCUCGGCAAGAAAUGCGUGACGAUGUCUUCAGCAGUUGUUCAAAUAUAUGCAGCAGAUCGCAAUGCCAUGUGGUCAAAGAAGUGCUGUGGCGUAGCUUGCCUUGUAAAGGACAAUCCGCAGAGGUCGUAUUUUAUCAGAAUAUUUGACAUUAAGGAUGGGAAAUUAUUGUGGGAGCAGGAGCUGUACAAUAACUUUGUAUAUAAUAGUCCUAGAGGAUAUUUUCAUACCUUUGCUGGAGAUACUUGUCAAGUUGGUCUUAAUUUUGCUAAUGAAGAAGAAGCUAAACUAUUCCGCAAAACAGUAACAGAUUUACUUGGACGACGGCAGAGAAAAUCUGAAAAAAGACGAGACCCACCAAAUGGCCCAAAUCUACCAAUGGCAACUGUUGAUAUCAAAAACCCAGAAAUUACAACUAACAGAUUUUAUACUCCACAAGUCAACAAUAUUUCAUAUACCAAAGAAAAGAAGAAAGGAAAAACUAAAAAGAGAAGAUUGACAAAGGCAGAUAUUGGAACACCAUCUAAUUUUCAACACAUUGGACAUGUUGGUUGGGAUCCAAACACAGGUUUUGAUGUGAACAACUUAGACCCAGAACUGAAAAAUCUGUUUGAUCUAUGUGGAAUUUCAGAGGCUCAACUAAAAGACAAAGAAACUUCAAAGGUCAUAUAUGAUUUCAUUGAAAAAACAGGAGGUGUGGAAGCUGUUAAAAAUGAACUGCGCAGACAAGGUCCCCCACGGUGGAGCGCUCCACCUCCACCACCACCGUGCAGAGGAGGACCCCCUCCACCUCCACCACCACCUCCCCAUAGCUCCGGCCCUCCUCCUCCCCCUGCCAGGGGCAGAGGGGCACCACCUCCACCUCCUUCAAGAGCUCCCACAGCAGCACCUCCACCUCCGCCUCCAUCUAGACCUGGUGCAACAGUGCCCCCACCUCCUCCAAACCGGAUGUAUCCUCCACCACCGCCAGUGCAUUCAUCAUCUGCACCGUCUGGCCCUCCUCCUCCACCGCCACCACCAGCAAGUGGGUCAUCUGUUCCUCCACCCCCUCCGCCUCCUCCUCCCCCUCCCGGCCCUCCACCACCACCAGGCCUUCCUUCAGAGGUUGAUCACCAGCUUCCAGUUCCUGCAGGAAACAAAGCAGCACUCUUGGAUCAAAUCAGAGAAGGAGCUCAGUUAAAGAAGGUAGAACAGAACAGUCGACCAGUGUCCUGCUCAGGAAGAGAUGCACUGCUAGACCAGAUACGACAGGGUAUACAGCUGAAAUCUGUAUCUGAUGGUCAGGAGAGUGCACCACCUACACCUGCACCCACCUCAGGAAUUGUGGGUGCAUUAAUGGAAGUUAUGCAGAAAAGGAGCAAAGCCAUUCAUUCUUCAGAUGAAGAUGAGGAUGAAGAUGAUGAAGAAGACUUUGAGGAUGAUGACGAAUGGGAUGAUUGAUCAUAUAUUAUUAUAUAUAUAUUUUUUAAGGAGCUGGGAUAAUCUUCUGAAUCAUACUAAACUAGUAUCCUGCCCAGAUAACUGACUUUCUCACAGAUACAUUACCAAAUCUCAGCCCUUACUAAGCCAUUCUGGUCUUCACUAACAAUGUCCCAAUUCUGGACAGCUCUCCAAACCUCAUGAUAGAAAUACAGUUAGCACAAUUGCAUAACAAAUAACCUUCAGCAGCUGACAGCAAGCAGCUGUUGUGUAGCAUAUGAGACAUUUCAAAGGGAACAGAAGUCAUCCUGAUGUGGAUUCCUCUUUAAAGAAAAAAAUGGUCUUGCUUGCAUACUAAGCUGAAGAACACCUGGAGAUACCAAAUGACCAGUAGAGAAAACUGCUGGUUGCUCUCAUGAGCAAUGUGAGAGGUGGGCUGGUUGGUCAAAUGGUAGCUGUAAUCCUAGAUGCAUUCUUCAAGGAAUCAACCCAGCAUUGAUCACUGCGGGCAUAGGAAACAAAAAAGACUGGAAUCUUUCUUUGCUGCUUGGCACAUUGCCUGGAUCAUCAUGGCUGUGGACCUCAGGAAAUCAUGCACACCAGGGACAGUGACCAGUCAGGCUGAUCAUCAUCAUCCCAACAUUUUAAAUACAGAAUAUGCGUAUUCAGUCAAGCUGCCUGUGCAGUCUGGAGAGGAUACCUGGAAUGAGUUUAGAGCAGCAUUCCUUGUACUUUUGCUGUGGAUGCUAGCUUCUAACUGAGUUACCAUCAGCUACACUGCCAUGUUGGGAAUUGAGUGAGACCUGUGUAUUCUGCCAAGUAGAAAUUAAUUGUCACGCUCUGUUACCUGUAGACACAAGGUGUCUCUGUUUCUUGAAAGGCUGUAGUUGCAACCUCCUGAUUGAAAUCAAGUACUGUGGUAGUUGAAGUUGUUACCUGCAUUCCUUGUGUUUUCACUGUCAGAACAGCCUUUCUCUUGGUCUGAAAUCCUCCAGAAGUGUGAUGCAAUAUGAAAUCAUUACAGAUCUUCAUGGUUCCUGAUUUUGCAACAAAACUAGGUUAUAUAUUUCCUUCUGUCCUUCCCCAAGCCAUUUUCAGCACUAAGCCUCUUACCUCUGGCCCAUUCUUCAGAUGUUCCCUCUCUGCCUUGACAGAACUAGUGCCUUCUAAAAGACAGUAAAAAAUCAAGCUCUUUGAACAUUUACCAUCUUGUCCAUUCUUUGCCAUAAAAUGAAUUCAGUUUGUUAGCAGGAGGAGAGAGCCCUGAAUGAAGCUGCUGCUGUGUGUGACAGAAGCAUCUUGUCUAACCUGAAGCAGAUUAUCUCUUGGUGCUCUUAUGGAGGUGACAAUCAGGGCAGAUUGUCAGCAGGGGGUAUCAUGGCAGUGUGUACAGAAACCAGUAGAGAACAUUGUGGGGAUCAUGUCCUGUGCAACAGGCCCCAUAGGUCAGCAUUCAAGAGAUUUAGUUGUGUUCUCUCUCAGGAACAGAUGAAGUGUUACUGAGCAAUCAGGGAGGAAUGCAGCACAAAGUAGGAUCCUACAUUUGUCCAACUCAGUUGUUCUUCAGACCCCUAUUUAUCUCCAUUGGCUGUAAUGAGAGUGUAGACACUGAGCAGUUGCCAUCUACACUUCAGACACUUAGAUGCAGGUGUUUUAACUGAAACCAAAUCUGUAUUGCCUUGUGUCUCAGUUGCUCAUUUUUGUAAUGGUGGUAACAGCACAUCAAAAGUAAUGCAUAUAAAUACAUCUAGUCCAUGGUACUGCAGUCUAGACAUGUGACACUUAAAAAACUUUUAAAUGCCAUUUUCCUUGUUCAGAUUUAGUUACCUUAGUUCUCAGAAAAAAACCACUAGGGAAGGCUUCUUUAUUUCUCCUAGGCCUGGUUUUUAGAAUCAUUUUUAAGCUCUCAAAAAAGAAAACAACACUUGAAACCUAUCUGAAGAGCAGAGCUAAUCUGAGCAUUUAAUUACCUGUGUGUGAAAAUACUGGGUCAUGCUCUAGUGUGCCUUAAACUGUGAUUUUGGAUUUAAUAUCUCCUGUGUGAUCAGAACUCUGGAAACCCAGACACAGCAUUUAGUUCCCCAUGGAUUUAGCUUUAAUAAACUAAAAAUGUUUUAAUACACUAUGUGAAAGACAUGAGUUUUGGGACCUACUGAGUAGUUCCUAAUCCCCUGGUUUACAUGCCAGGUUUGCAGCACAGCUUCUCAUGACAGUGCCCAUCAGGAGCACUGCGCUGUGUUUGAUGUUGUCAGAAGCUUAACUGAUCCUGAACAGGGAGUCCUGUCCAGAGCCCCAGUGCUGGUCACUGCAGCAGUGUUGGGACGAGGGGCAGCAGCCACGUGUGGGCGGCCCUAUCGAAUGGCCUGUUCGAGGUACCGGCUGCCUCGCUGGCUGCCCACUGCAGUCACGCAGUCCUCCCUGAACAUAUAUAAAGAACAUUUGUUUCAUGGGUGUAAGUCAUUAUAAAAUUGCUGAAAUUGCUGCUUCUCUGAUGCCCUGUAGGUCUGCAAGGCCAAAGGCGCAGCAGUGCUGCUGCCACACUUUCAGAAAGCGCAGGGGCCGUGGAAGGUUUUGAGUACAGGAGGCAUUCUGUUUAUGGCUUGGAUUUACUGCAGCUCUGUGUGUGCUGGCUCCUGCUGGUUUCAUCUUACUGCCUCAUCUGUCUCUAUCAUCUCAGUUUGAAAGGGGCCAUCCUGUUUUCAUCAGAGUGCACAUUAGAGCUCUGACUUUGUCAGAGGAAAGGCAGCCAAUAUCUUUGAAGCGUGUGAUAAUAUUUUUGCUGCUGGAUGACAGUCACAGUAUAUUCCCCAGCUUCUUGGAUCAUCAUGGGACAUUAGGAUAACUUGUGAUUGGAUGUGGCUGAAAUCAGGUUGAUUUACUUUAAACCUCUAAUAAAUUUCUCUUUUUACUAUUUGAACUUGAUAAAUACUCCAGCAACAGGCCAAAAAUGUGUCAGCUGUUUCGUCUGAAUGAUGCGAUCCAUGCUUACCUAAAAAACUGUUGGACUCGCUGUAUAUUUUAAGAUCCGACUAAGAUUUUAUUAAUAUUUCUGCAUAAUUUUCAUUGAACAGCUGCACUGUCAGCUUAGAGGUCUUCCAAGAAACACAAGGGCAAGUGUAGCACUUUAAAUCUGACCUCCUGUUUUAUUGCUAGGAAGACAGUUGGGUGCUUAUUUAGCAGCAUCUAUUUUGUUGCAUUAAAGGAAAAAAGAAAGAAAACCUUUGUGGUUUGUGUUGCUAAUUUGAUUGAAACUGGCAAAAUGUUUCUGCCCCACGCAACUUCUUAAGGUCUUGCUGAGCAGAAGCUCAUAGAUGUACUAACCCCAAUUUUUUUCACUCAAAUAUUGGCUGUUCUCUGCAUGCAUGUCCAUGCUGUUGGGAUGUUCUGAAAACAUGGGAUGGGAGCUCUGCAGCAGCAAGUGCAGAAGUAAAAGGGGUACUUCACUAGCAAUAGUCUCAGUCCUAGAGAAGAGUAUGUACUUAAUCGGUAUGACACUUCAUCCACAGGAACAGAGUUAUUGGUUUGUAGAGAGUGAGUCCCUGUAUGAUUAGUUUUCAUAAUGAUCACUGAGCAGCUCUCGUGUACCACAGCUACCUGCUGGGGACAUGGGCCAUGAGGUCGUCUCUGCAUUUUAUCACUGUUUACUCAGAAGUGUAUUCUAGUUCAGAGAAGCACGUAGCUGAUAUACAAAAUAUAAGGUUACACAGCAGAUGGGAACAUCUGAAACAAUCUGCACAGUAUGUACAAUCGAAGCCCCCUUCUCUCUCUGGAGCACAUGAGGGUUUGGCAGAAUUCACAGAGCAGAAACAAAGAUGGAAUUACAGAGUUCAGAAGGGAUGUGUUAGGCUCUCUGAUGCAGUGCCCCAUGACACAGAAAUAUAUCCGUUUGUACAAGGUUAUAUCAAGAGAUCUACAGAUUCAUUUUACAGUUUUGGUGAUUCUUGCAAACUGGCAAAACAUUUGGCUUUUUUAAUGGGGGUCAUUGUUUGGCUGAGCAGAGGCUGGAUCUGCAUAAAGGACAUACCCUUGUGGUACUGCAUAAAGGCAUUUAAAAAAAGAGGCUGAUUCUGUAUACUGCACUGUAUUUAUCAAAUUCUUCUGACAGAGAAUUUUUAAUACCAGAACAAACCUAUUUUCUCCUCCAAGUUGCAAUUACAUAUUUUAUAUGCGGUGCAGGUGAUUAUGUAACUUCCUUCCUAUAAAAUGUGUUUAAAAGAUUUUUAGAAUACAGAACAGCAGCAAAUCUAUAUUAAAAAUACUUUCUGGAUUUUUUGCUUUUGAGAAAUUAAUGCUGAAGAACAUUUAUUUAGAUUCAUAAUGGAAGUUUCAGUUUUACCUUUGUGUAUCAAAGACCCUCUCUUUUAUGUUGAUCACAUUUCCAACUGCUGUCCAGACCAUGGGCUCCUUACCCGGUGUGCAGCACCAAUUCACACACCAAGGCCAGAUAUUUCUAUUUUUUAUUCUAGUUUGUGCAAAGUAGGGAGCCAGCUGGUAACCCACAAAAAGCUCUCCAUCAUCAAAACUUGACACUAUUUAUACAUUUUAUUAAAGGCAUCAGCAUUCAUUGGUUAUAGAUGACAUAACUUUUCCAUUAACUAGUACUCAAACCCCUAUUUGCUACUUAUAUCUCUUGCUCCUCAUGCUAAAUAGGCCACGUGUGCAGCUCUUCCCUCUGUGUCUGGGGUCCGUUUUGAGUAGGUGGUCAGUAAGUCAGUGGUCACAAUCUCCCACUGUCAGAAUUACCUUUCCCCCAGUUACUGCUCAGUCCUGCUGACUUCACUCCUGGUGGCUGUCACCCAGACUGCCCAUUCAUCUUGGGAUUGUUUUCCCUUUUCCUUAAAACAAAAGAUAAGCCAAGCCUAAAAUGUUCACAAUGCAAUCACUAAAUCAUAACUGUCCAGCUAUACUUACUGAUUAACAACAAAAAAAAUGCAAAGUUUAUUGAAAUCUUGAGGGGCUCAGAUCCUGAGGGGCUUGAUAUCACAACCACCAGGACAGGACUCUUUACCUGAAACACUUUGAGGGAUUUAAAAACCUAUGUGAUGUCUUCUAGAAGUGUACAUUCUUCAUCAGUAUUGAAACAUAAGAUGAAAAGAUGUCUUAUUCUUUGUUUUGGUUCAGAACCAGUGGGAAAGAAAAAGCAGCUUGAUAAAGCUUUGAUUUAGACUGUCUUCAUGGGUUAGGCUUGGCUUUUCCUUACCUCCUGUACUUACAUCUCCCAUUACCUGAGCAAUGCCAGAUGAGGAUUAAAGAAGAAAGAAAAGGUUACAGGGUGUCUUUUGACGUACCAACUUGGACCCCAGCAGAGAGAGACAUGUGAGGAAAGGAUUGACACUGAUGAAAUCUCCCUGAGCCCAAGCUGAUAACACUUGGAUCAUACUGAUUAUUCCUCUGAGAGAGUUACUAAACAAAUAAAUGUCUCAAAGCAAACAUGGAAAAAAGCAAGCCUCUUCUAUGCAGAACACUGAAAUGAAGGAAAGAGAAAAUGGAAGUGAUGGAGCAUGCUUCCUCCAUAAUUUUGGAAGUGGUCAUUGGAGGAAUGGGAAGAAAUAUGGAAAGAAAAAUGAAAACCUGAUCAUAGUUAAGCUUUUCUUGGUGCUGUGCAGCGUGGAGGCCAAGCUGGUGAAAAAGCCCUUCAAGUGAGAGGUCUGCUCACUGGCAGCAUGGUGCUCACCUCCAUCUCACAGCAAGGUGAUCCUCACACACAGCUUGGUGGAAAGGCAAAUGGAAUCACAUACUCAUAAAAUGGCCUGAGUUGGAAAGAACCUUAAAAAUCACCUAAUCUCAGCCCUUCUACCAUGGACAGGGACACCUUCCACGAGAAGGUUGCUCAGAGUCCCAUCCAACCUGGCCUUAAACACUUCCAGGGAUGGAGGUGUCCACAGCUUCUCUGGACAACCUGUUCCAGUGCCUUACUACCCUCACAGUAAAGAAUCUCUUCCUAAUAUCUAACCUAAACCUCCUCUCUUUCAGUUUGAAGCCAAUUCUCCCUUGUCCUGUCACUACAUGCUCUACAAAAGUCCCUCUCCAACCUUCUUGUAGGCUCCCUUCAGGUACCAGAAGGCUGCAAUUAGGUCACCCCAAAACCUUUUCCAGGCUGAAUAAUCACAAUUCUCUGUGAAGGAACAAGAUUCAGGAUGGGAGAGGUUCCAGGCGUGGAGAAAAACAUACAGCAAUUGACAAGACUUUAUUAUAUGGACCUUACAGUUAUUGUAUGGACUUUACUGUUAUUAUGUGGUUUCAUUGUAUCCGCACUACACAGUGCACGGCCUGGGCACGCUCGGGCUUGCCAUGAGUUUGCCUGCUCCCUGCUUCCCCGCUCCCCUCUCUGAUAGGCUGCAGAAGCUGCAGAGGGGAGACAGUUACCAUUCGCCCUCUCCUUUCCCGGUUCCUCCCACGUUCCUCCCCCUUUGCCUGUGUUCCUACCCCAAUUUGUUCCCCCGUUUGUCUGUCUCAUGCUCCACCCCGUGUUCUUUCCCCACCUAAACCCAUAAAACCUCUGGACACCUCAAUAAAGUAUUCCAUCUGCACCUCU